AUGGCUCAAGCAGCUCCCCCUUCGACGACCAUCAUCCCCUUCGCGAACCUGCCCGCCUGUGCGCUCAACUGUGGCGUUCUCUACGAUGCGAAUGGCGGCUGCGUGCCCCCAGCGUCCGGCAACAGUGUCAACAACAACUGUUUCUGUGACUUUGGUCCCCUUCAGCCCUUCAGACAGGGCUCCGUGUCAGGCCCUUGCGACGCGGCUGGCUGCGCUGCGGCCGAUCUGACGAGCAUUCAAUCAUGGUUCACCAGCUAUUGUAGCGCCGCGCUCGCUGACUCUCAGCCCACCGUCACUACGCCCACGGGCACCGGCACCGGCACGGCCGCCUCCUCAACACCUACAGGCGGCAGCAGUGCGGGCAGCUCGGGGUCCAGCUCAAGUGGCGGCGGCGGCGAUUGGAUCUCCAACCACUGGCGCUGGGUCAUCGCUAUUGUCAUUCUCAUUGUUGGUAUCGCUGGUAUCUGGAUCGGCGCCUGCAUCUGGCGCCGUCGUUACCUCAAGCGCAAGGACCGCUCCAACCAGUUCGGCAAGCACACCUCGGCCACGGCCUUCCCAGCCCACGGCGGCUCCAGCGCUCACGUCCCCGGUCCCGGUGCCACCGAAGCCCAGAGCGGCCCCGGCAUGUUCAUGCCCAGCGCGGCGUCAGGGCCCUAUGAGGAGAAGCCCAAGAAGGAGAAGAAGAAGUGGGUUGUCAACCAAAGGACAUGACGAGUCGACCGAGUGCGAAGCGCUUUUUCUUGUUUUGGACAAUCCAUUGACAAUUAACACAUAACAUCACACCAAAAAAACAUGCAAAGAACGACCUAACACGGCCGGCUCACGAGAUGGCGUUUUCACGGGAAAGGCGAACGGAGGCAAAACGAGGAGAAAUCGCGUGCGCAUCAGCGGCCAACUAUUCCCCUCCCGGGGGACCAACACCUCCCUCGCGCCCAGCAAUAUACAGCUCCAGUGGAUGGAAGGGAGCGGAUCUUGUCGGGGACGCACACAGACACGGCCAUUUUUGUUUUUCUCUUUGUUGGAAUCAUAAGGAAGGCAGCACAGCCUUGGGGAACACAAUUUCGCAUGGCCCCGCGCCGCCUCAGCCUCUCUCUCAGAGCUGGGUUUUGGAUCUUCCUGGCGCGCGGGCGGUCUUUUCAUACGGGAUCGGGCGAUGGUCGAAAAAACCUUCCAGCAUCGUCAUUCAUAUAUUCAUUCUCACCCUGCUCACAACAACCAAUUUCUUCACCAAACGAUUCGAGCCCGUCUCGCGCACAUGCAUGCAAGCGGCCUCCUCGCACCAUUGAAGUGCCUUGCUCAAGGCCACGCACCACAUAGCCCUGCCUGGGUUUCCUAGGCCUUGACCAGGAGUGACGAAGCUCGAGAGCUAGGCUUGGCGACUUUUUGUUUAUCUAUCUAUCUACCACACAUUUUUCUGCCGUUGAAUUAGACAUCUCUGCACUGGUGCAUUGCACCAGGAUUGUUCACUUUUGACAUGGAAACAAACCGCGACUUUGUGUCUCUCGACGAAUUAGGGGUAUUGAUAAUCUAUGCAUGCCAGCCCUGAAUGCUGCCGUCGUGUCGUGUGUCUCUAUGCCGAAAGCUCCCAUCGAAACGUCAUCAUUCCCCGCCCUGGAUGUGUUACCUCUGAGUCUUUUUUGUCUUGCCUCAAAGAACGCGUGCCCGCCCUUUCUCCAGUAGCGCCGUCCUGCAUGUGUCUCACAGCCCAAAGCUCUCCCUGCGUUG